CGCCACACCCCUGGUCCUGUCCCCGCCCCCGGGCCUCUCUCUUGCUCUCUCCUCCUUGCUCCUCCUCCUCCUCCAGGGGGAGCCGGAGAGCGGGAGGGGAGAGGGGCUAGGGGGGCGGGGAGUAGCCGGUUGCUGGGCAGCCCGGAGGCUGUGGGGAAAAGCUCGGUCCGCUGCGGCGUCCGCGGAAGCCUGAGGGGCCUGGCCGCCUGACUGCGUGGGAGUUACGCCGGAGCCUCUUCCGCCCCAAGACUUUGCGACUGGAUUUCCACAGGCCUGCCCCUCUGAAGCUCUAAGCGGGAAUAACUGGAGGCUGGACCAGGUGCGCACCCUGGGGCCGGGCUCGCAACGCCCUGGCUGCCCGAGGUGCGUGAUGGGGCCCCUGUCCCCGCGCUCCUGCUGGCCUUCCCUGGUGGGGACCCCGGCUGGCUUCUUCCCUGGGCUUUUUCAUUGAUUCACUGGGGCCUCAAGGACGGGGAAGCGGUGUGGGCAGGUGACUGCCGCUCCCGGUGGUGGAACUGGAAUGGCCGAAUAUCAAUCACAAAUUCCAAGUUUGAAACUGGAUGAUUCAGUUAUAGAAGGAGUAAGUGACCAAGUCCUUGUGGCAGUUGUGAUCAGUUUCGCUUUCAUUGCUUCAUUGAUAUAUAUACUUUUAAGAAAUGCAGAACAAAAUAUUCAUCCUGACAACCAAGAGCUAGUGCGGGUACUACGGGAACAACUUCAAACAGAACAGGAUGCACCUGCUGUUGUUCGGCAGCAGUUCUACACUGAUAUGUCCUGUCCAAUCUGUUUACAUCAGGCUUCUCUUCCUAUUGAAACAAACUGUGGACAUCUUUUUUGUGGUACUUGCAUUAUUGCAUACUGGCGAUAUGGCUCAUGGCUUGGGGCUAUUAGUUGUCCAAUCUGCAGACAAACGGUGACCUUACUUUUACCAGUAUUUGUUGAAGAUAAUCAGACUCAGGAUGUCUUAGAAUUGCGCCAAGAUAUUAAUGACUAUAAUCGAAGAUUCUCAGGACAGCCCAGAUCUAUUAUGGAAAGGAUUAUGGAUCUGCCCACUUUACUGAGACAUGCAUUCAGGGAAAUGUUUUCAGUUGGAGGCCUUUUCUGGAUGUUUCGCAUCAGGAUAUUACUUUGUUUACUGGGAGCAUUUUUCUAUCUGAUAUCACCUUUGGAUUUUGUCCCUGAAGCCUUGUUUGGAAUUCUAGGAUUUUUAGAUGAUUUCUUUGUCAUCUUUUUAUUGCUUAUAUACAUCUCUAUCAUGUAUCGAGAAGUGAUAACACAAAGGCUAAACAGAUGAAAUAAAUUAAUGUUGCUUGAGCUUAUGUGGAAAACCAUUCAAAGGAACCAUAACAAAACACUUGAAUAUCAUUUUGCAGGUUCAAAAACAUCUUAAGAAAUCUUGCUAACUGGAACCAUAUCAGUGUCUUGGAGGUUGUAAUACUGAAACUAGAUUUAUAUCCAUCCACAGCAAUGUCUCUGUUCAAUAACCAGCUAUAAAAUAAUAGCUUUUGAAAAAAUGACCAUAAGGGGAGAUAAAAUGAAAAGGAGUAUUUUCAUAUCUAAACUUUCUGUCCCUCAAAAUUAAACCAGUUGGCUCCAUAGAAAGUUAUUGAAUAUGCAAUUUAUCCACUACCUUCCUAUACAAUGAAGUAUAAAUAUUAUACUGGGUAAGUUUCUUGUUAUAGUAAAAUGUUACAUAAAAUUUUUAAAAAUCAGUAUCAUUUAGUAUUGACUAUGUUUUGUGUAUUUGCAACACAAUUUUGCUUUUCCAUUCCAGAAUAACUGCUUUUAUCAACUAAAGCUAAAAAAACUUUUAACCUUGCACAGGAUUUAUUUAGUUCAUACACUGGCUUACAUAAAACAAUUUUUAAUGAAUUCCAAAUUUCAUAGCCUAGUGCAAUACCUUACAAAUAGUAAGCACUCAAUAAAUGUCUACUGAAUGAACAAAACAUAUAUAUUUCUUCUCAACCAAAACAGUUACUAUUAAUAAUAAUACUUUAAUCAAUAGCCUGAUCUUGUCAAAGGAUAAUCAGUCACAUAAUAGAAAUUGGAAAAGGAAAUUUGAAUCCAGAAAGCUGUAUGAAAUGGCUAAAUCAUGGCAGUUGGGUGAAUCUAAAAGGAAUUAAAGCCAACUCUCAUGAAUUGACAACUAUAUACUUUCAGCUGAUCAUAAUCCUUACCAGAGGAGAAGCUACUGCUUCAUUCAGUUCAAGCCUGGGGUUCAUUACACAUUGAUGACAUGACAAAGUGAGAAAAAUUGCCUUUCCUGAGGGUUGACAUGUGCUCUUACAAUUUCUCAGUCGACUUAAUCUGGCAUUGUUCUUUAAUGAGAUUUAUCAAAGUAAUAGUAUGAAGGUGACAGCUAGUUCCUAAUGUAUCAGUGAUGACAACUGCUAAAAACUUAGCCUUAUUGGUAAACAUUUAUUGAGCCCCUACUGUGUGUACUAUGUUCCUUGGCACUGAGAAGUAAACCAUCAGAAAAUCUCAUCUCUAAUUUUAAUGUCCCUUCGAUUCAUUCAAUUAGACAUCAACUUAGUACUGACCCUAUAAUGUUAAUAAUGAUCAUCUUAUUUCAGCUUUUUCUGGGCUGGAGGACAAUAACAAAAGAGAUAUGAAUACUACCAUGUACUAUGUUAUGUGUAGGUAAAAAGAAUUUAGAGAUAAUACCAUUUGGAGCAAAAGACAAGAAUAUCUCUGGAAGUGUUUUAAUAAUGUCUUCAUUCUUAUGGGAUAAUUUAAGUGUGAGUUUUAAGCAGAAAAUGGACUAGGUACUUUCUUACUAAUAUUUACAAAUACCUUAUUCCUACUCCAGUCACUCAGAAAAGAGAAGAAUGGCAGCUAUGAGAAUUUGUACCAUACCUACAUUUAUUAAACUAAAUGUUUAUGGAGACCUUCAAAUCAAGCAUAAAUGUGACUUAUGGUACAAAAGUGAAAGGAGGAAAAUUUUUAAAUAUUUUUUCCCAAUUACAUGUAAUAAAUUUUAACAUAUGUUUUCUGAAGUUAUAAGAUCCAAAUUGUCUCUUCUCCUUUUCUGAGAUGGUAAGGAAUUUGUGGAGGAAAUUUUCAGUAGAUAUGCUGUAACUCCACUCCAUAUUCUUACAAUUCUGAUAAAUAUCAGUUUUAUUUAAAUAUUCCGGAUAAAGGUAUUUUUAUCACAAUUUGUAGCAUUUUAAGUAUUGUAAUAUCUAAAACCAUAUUAAGUUGAAAAAGAAAAAAUUCAACAUUUUAGAAUUUGUGAAUCUUCUAUUCAUUGCAUUCAAUUCUAGUGAUGGAUGUAAGGAGAUUUUAAGUGUAUUUAAAACCUCCAAACAAGUUAAAUUUUUCACUUUUUAAUCAGUGUUUGAAAUCAAGCCCUAACUCCCAUGAUUCAGGGUAAAAAUCACACAAAUCAAAGGGAGGACACAGUUUCCCAGGAGUAGAUAAUGAAUCAAGCCAUUAUCUGGGAACAAGAUAGAGUCCUAAUGGUUUACCAAACUCUGCCCAAUGGCCAAAUGUCACAGCCAUCAUCAUUUUCAACUUUUGUGUAUUGAAUCUAAAUUACUGCAACAAGAAACAAAAGUGACAAAUCAUUUAUUACUUUGUGGAUAAUCUACCUCACAGUGUUGUUAUGGAGAAAUAAUACUUAAGUUUAAACUUUGAAUUUACAUGUUCAGGUAAUUUGCUCUUUCAAAUAAAAGCAGCAUAUCUCAAA